UCUUGCUCACAUGUCUCUCUCGUCUCUCUCUUUUUCUACCUCACAUGUCUCUCUCGUGCACAAGCUUUACCAUUGACAACCACAUGUUGAAGUUGACAACCACAUGUUGAAGUUGAUUGGAGCUCUAUCAGCGACGAAAUCAACCUUUAUAUUCGUCAAUAACGAUGUUGACCUUCAAAUUCAAGGUGAGGCGAACUUGAUGAAGACGAGAGUGCUGGAUCAAUCCUCUCCUGAGAGAGAUAGAGAGUUGGUCUGAUCUUCUGUUUGGCUGUGUAUCUAAUUCCAAGAUAACAAGUUCAGAAUAACUCGGCCAACAAUGGCAAGUUUCUCAAUUCUCUCAGCCGCAGCUAGAAGGCUGGAAGGAAAGGUGGCUUUGAUCACAGGAGGUGCAAGUGGGAUAGGAGAGUGCACUGCGAGACUCUUCUCUAAGCAUGGUGCCAAAGUGAUGAUUGCAGACAUUCAAGACGAUUUAGGUCUCUCAGUUUGCAAAGAUUUGGACGAAAAAUCUGUAUCUUUCGUUCACUGCGACGUUACUAAUGAAACCCACGUCAUGAACGCCGUCGACGCAGCCGUUGCCCAGUUCGGAAAGCUCGACAUAAUGUACAACAACGCCGGGAUAGUCGGAUUGGCGAAGCCCAACAUUCUCGAUAACGAUAAGGACGAGUUCGAGAAAAUCAUCCGCGUCAACCUCGUAGGUGCUUUCUUGGGAACCAAACAAGCAGCGAGGGUGAUGAUACCUAAUCGAAGAGGGACCAUAAUCACAACAGCCAGCGUUUGUUCCACAAUUGGUGGAGUUGCAUCGCAUGCUUACACAAGCUCGAAGCACGGCGUGGCAGGACUGACGAAAAAUGUAGCUGUGGAGCUCGGCCAACACGGCAUUCGAGUGAACUGUGUGUCGCCGUACCUAGUGGCGACGCCGUUGGCAAAAGAUUUCUACAAGCUGGACGAUGAGGGAGUCUAUGGUGUUUACUCCAACCUUAAAGGGGCUGUACUUAGGCCAGAGGAUGUUGCACAAGCUGCUCUUUAUUUGGGAAGUGAUGAUUCCAUGUAUGUUAGUGGGCAUAAUCUUAUAGUGGAUGGUGGGUUCACUAUUGUCAAUCCUGGUUUCUGUAUGUUUGAACAAUCAACGUGAGUAUGCCUUCCAGGGUUGAAUUUGUCAAGUUCAAAUUUAAAUUGGGGAGAAUUUUAGUGGGCUUCAUUAGAAGUUGUAUUUUGAUCA